AGUGAGUGAGUUGCAUGUGAACAGACGCCCCUAGCGGCUAAAUAAACCCUUUAUCCACUAACUCACCAUGGAUCUGUGGUGUACCGAAGUUAUGAUGUUAUUUACACUUUUGUUAAUAUAUUUUAUAUCCAUAAUUGAUUGUUUUGAGAUGAAAACGAUAUAUUGCACCAUAUCUGACAGCUGUGACUGCGAUUUUAAACCAAACAUACAAGGCUUGGAGUGGGACCUUUAUAAAAAUCUGUAUGGGCAGCAUCUGGUGCAGGACAUUGUUUCCGAAUCAGUUAUGAGUUUCCUGCAGAAUCAGAGUCCAGACCGGCCGCUGGUUCUUUCCUUCCACGGAGCAUCGGGCACUGGAAAGAGCAUGGUGAGCGCUAUGCUGGCCCGUCACAUGUAUGGCACCUCCAUGGGCAGCCCUUACAUCCAUCAGUAUGUCCCCACCCUGCACUUUCCACUCGCUGACCGCGUGAAGCAAUACAGGUCAGAGUUGAAGCACUGGGUUCAGGGAAACCUCACAGCCUGUGCUCGCUCUGUCUUCAUCUUCGAUGAGAUGGAGAAGAUGCCUCCUGGAGUGAUUGAUGUUUUGGAACCGUUCCUCGGGCCUUCGCAUGUUGUUUUCCAAACCAACUACCGCAAGGCCAUCUAUAUUUUUAUUACUACAGCCGGUCAGGAAGUCAUUAACAAAGUGACCCUGGAGAACCGACAGGCAGGACGAGACAGGGAGGAAAUUCAGGCAGAGCAACUGGAGGAGGCUAUUGCUGAUGCUGUAUACAACAACAAAAAAAGUGGAUUCUACCAUUCGGAAAUAAUCUCCUCAAAGAGAAUAGCCCGCUUUGUGCCCUUUCUGCCCUUGUGUCGGCGACAUGUCGAGCGCUGUGCCUAUCGGGAACUGUGCCAGCGAGGCGAGUGCCAGCGCAGAGACGUGUCAGUGGCAGUAGGGGGCGCCAUGUACUACACACCACAGGAUGGGCAACAUUUCUCAAGUACCGGCUGCAAGCUGGUACCUGCUAAAGUCAAUCUCUUCCUAUGAUCCCUAGGAGUGAAACAAGUGGACAUAACAGGAACAUCGAACCAGCUUGUGUUCAGCUGUGCCAGUGUGCAGGAACAGGUUUUACUUUUUUUUACAGAUGCUGGUUGAGCAGUAAAGCUGUGAGGACCAGGAAAUAAUCACAUGCUGAAUAUCAGGGAAACAAUCAGUAUAUAAAGAUGUAUAUAGGUUGACCUUGCAGGCAAGGAUUGCCUCUAUGAAAUAGAAAGUGUUUCCACAGCUGCUCUGCAUGUUCCAAACACACAGCAGUUAUGCUGCUGAUCAUUGUAAGGGAACAGAUGUACAGAGCUGCAGUCAGCUGACUGGACAGAUUUGCUCAAUUAAAUGUGAGUAAUUUUGUCUAACUAGAAGAUUUUUUUUUAGCUGACUUUACAACUUUUUAAGUGUUAUUUAUAACUCGGUAAUAUUUUAAUUAGCAAUAUUCAAAUCGCUAUCAAAUCGCUAAAGUUUGGACAAACCCAUUAUCAAUCAUUGAUUGGUUUUUUUGUUUUGUUUUGUUUUGUUUUCUUGCAAAAAAUGUUUUAAAAAAGUAAACACUCAUUCAGUCAGUUUUGUCCAAACAUUUGACUGGUACUAAAUAUUGCAAAUGAAGUAUUUGUUCAAAGUGCAAAUAAUCAUUGUACUGUUUCUAAGUAAUCUGUCUUCUUUUAUUGUGGAAUUUUAACUCAUGCAAAAGUUAGGAUCAUUGGUGGAGAAUGGUAUUUUCUUAAUGCAUUGUGUUCUGAACAACUGAUAAGCCUGGAUCAGGAACAACAAGGCUGCCGUGUCAUCUAAUAUCGUUGGGCUUUGCAGUCAGAUGAGCCUUCGUCUCAGUGUGAAAGAUUUGGUCAGCCACAUACUGUGUCAAAUAUGUCUUGGGUAGUUUUGUAAACAAAGAACACAUUUAGUUCCUUACAGUCUAAUGUUUCAUAACAGCAUCUGAGAAGUUCAAAUUGGGACUUCUUUUUAUUAUUUAACUGUAUUGAUAAUACAAGUUGCCAAGUAUUGCUAAUACACACCACACACAGGACUGAUCUCAAAAAUCAUAUUUAAUUAUUUUAUUUUAUAUUAUUUUUAUUUUAUUUUUAUUUUUGCAAAUGCCAUAAAAUUGAUCAGGCAUGUUCAGUUGGGCCCAUUUAAUUUAUGAUGAUAGUGAUAAUUAUCUGUCAGAGUUUUUAAAGAAUUGAAAAAAGUGCAGAAAUAAGUACUGUAAUAAUGUGCCUGAAACAGCAUAAAAACAAUUAAAAAAUUGUGGCUCCAU